GUUCUGCGCUGCGCCUCAUCUUCAGCCACUGCCCUUGCACUUGGAGAUCUGGCUCCCUUGGCGACGGACUUGAAACCAAAAAACCCGAAUCCACCCUCAGAUCCAUCCAUCACCACUGGCACAACACUACUAGUGAUAGCCUCGUCUCGCCGUCAGUUUCAAUGUUCAAUAUGCUAUUGCGCUCGGAUUGCUUGUCAACAUCUGAGGUCAUACGGCAUAUCGUGCAGAUGGAAAGCCAUGCCAAUCACAAAGACCGUCCUCAAGAACUUGGCUGCUCGUGUUACCAUUUCUCCUCCGCCCGCCGGUCUCCAUGAAUCCACCGCAAUCCUCAAGCGGCUCCAAUCUUUUGGUCCGGUAACAUCGUUUACGAAAACCAUUCGUGACCCCGGCAGUACCGACCAGGAAGUACAAGUCAUCUUCUCGUCUCCGGAAACUGCCCAGAAAGCCUGCGAUGCCUCUCCGUUCACCGUCGAACUUGACCGAGACUUCCCAGAUCCAGUAGUUGUCGAUCCCUACAACGUGCGGAACCUGCAAUCGAGAAGACGACCCGAACCGAAGUCUGUAACCUGUCGGGUUCGCCUUCAAGAGCAGGGCGAGUCUUUGGGUUCUGGGCAAACCAUCCUCUCAGGUGGAUUUUCACCCAGCAACAAGACGAGGCUGUAUCAGAGCCUGCUUGAUGUUCGACCUCCGCAAAAUAUAAUGGAUGGACUUGGGGUAUUUGACACAGACGACGAGGCAGACGUCAUCUCCACGGCUGGGUCGAUUCAACCACCGCCAAAUUUGGCAGAUAUGUACCGCUCGUCCAUUUCCGAUCGUCACAGUGCAGAUGGGAAGAAACAGACAGAUUUUGCGUCUGAACGCGAUCGAGAAAGACAGAAAACAUCGUGAUGUUGAUAGGAUGGGGUUUCGACCGGCUCAACACGAGGUCCAUCUGUUUACACUUGCGUGGGAUACAGACCUGAGUCGUAGCCGCACUACCUUGGGAGGCUUUACGGAUAUAUGGACAGGGUGCUCAUACAGGAUCAGCUCUAAAGGGGGAAACAGUCGCGGCGAGUCACGUCAAUCAACGGAUUUGCUGCGUACAUCCUCAGUUCCAGUCCUCGGCCGUGAGUUGCUGUUUUGGGCGCGAAGCCCUGCAAUGGACAGGUACCUUCUCGUGGUGCAGGGCGUGAGUACCCUAAUUCCCCAUUAGGCGAAGCCAAAUCCUGUCCUUAUAAGCCCAGUACCAUCAGAGAUGUCGGGGAGUCGGCGGAACAGACGAGACGUUGUUACACGCGUCGCUGGCAGGAGCUUUUCGCCCUGAAGGAAGCCAGGAAACAAAUGUGCAAGGUACCUCGGGCCAGCAAACAUGUCUUUUGAAGCAGGAGGUCGUCUUGAUCCUACCUAUGUGGCCAAUGGCCGCGUAGUCGCGACUGAAUCGAUAUCUCCCCCGGUGGUCACCGCACGCUCCACCGCGCGUUCAAGCCGGCCUCACUGCACGGGACGUUCUCACGCAUAUCCAAGAGUCACCGGCAUUCCUGAAGGUAUUCAGGCCUGACAACGAGACACUUAACUUCCAUUUUAACACCCUAUGUGGUUAUUCCGGCUCUGGUCGGCGUCAGUGCCAGCGUCAGCACCAAAUGAACCAUUAUAUAUACACUAAAGGAGAACCCCCACUACAAAAUCCUUCGCCUGUUGCCAAAGUUGCAGGCUAACGCCAUAUCCAUCAUCAUAACCCCGCUCGGGUUUGGAGUUCGGUUUGGAAUUGGUUUGGGAGUCGGUUUCACGUCGUUGUCAGGUCCAGACUCCGAGUCAAGCUCAGAGUUGUCGAUAUGCAGGUGAUUCGUGCUCUUCCAGUCUGGUGGACGGCGCCAGUGCAGCGUAUUCUUCAGCGCAGACGCGGGAAGUGUGCCUACCGAGUAGUGCACAUUUUCUCUGAUGUUUGGCUGUGUGUCUCUGCGCGAGCGUGGUCUUGUCUGAUCAGGCUUCGGAGGUUGCACCAAGGCUACGAUUAGUGAGGCACCCGCAGCCUCGUCAGGGGCUCAUCCUUCCCAGAACCAAGGGGCGCCCUCCCGAAGAGCGUAAUAGGGGCGGGAAGCCACCCAAUCAAGCAUUCUACGCGAGAAUGGAAUACCAGGACCCCGGAACUGUGUCGCAAUAUUUGUGCAAGCCUUAUAUGUCUGAGAAGCAACGUGAGGCGCAACUCGAAUGGGCCUACCGUCACGAUAGUUGGACGCGUGAGCAGUGGUAUGCUUGCUGUCCUCUGGAGUGACGAAACGUGGGUUAUGGGUGAAGGCAGGUACGCACCGCAAGGUCUACGUUACGCGCAAGGCUGGCGAGGAACUCGAGGAGACGUGCCUACAACCACGACGCGCGCAUUCAACAGGCUAGAUGACCGAACAUUUAGCGAUUUUUCGCUGCAAAAUAUUACAUAGACCGAAAAGCAAACAGAAAAAAAUGUGAAAAAUGAAAAAGACGAUGAAACAACAUUUAAGACCUGGCAUAACGUACAAGGAACUGUACUGUACUCAAGCACUUUUAUGACAGUAGAAGCGUCCUGGUUUGUGGCCAGUGGUACAUGGGGUAGUACGUGGACUGCAGUGUGGCAGCUCGCGCGGCCAAGCAAGGUACUUGGUAGGUACCGAUGUAGAUACCUACAAUACUGUACAAUGUUGUACAUGUAUCUACUACAGUAUCAAAUCCUUCUGCUAGUACUCCGUAUGGUACAGGAGGCUCUUGAUACUAUCACUUACUGUAGCCGGCAACUGGUUAGUUGAAUUUGGGUAUAUACAUUAGGUAGCAUAGUAUAUCAUAA